CAAACCUCCUCAAAACCCUGAAAGGAUAGUAAGAAAGCCCUUCUGAGUUUUUUUUUUUUUUUCAAUUCCAAAACUCUUUCUUUCGAAUCUCCGUCUCCUUCCCAUCCGCAAUUGACGAGCAGGCAGAGCGAGACCUGCUGCUGGGAACUGCGGUUCUUCACUUGUUUUCUUCUUCCCAUCAGCAAAUCGACGACUCCACCACUGUAGGACCGGCCCUGCCCAUUUGUGUUAGGCUGCAUAAUCUGAACACUGCCCCAGUAGCCUCGUAUAAAACAGCUCCACCUCCAUAAUCUGAACACUGCCCCAAAUUUUGUUAUUGCACAGGAAAGUCACUCCCCAACGAAGAGCCUGUCUGAAAAUCGCUUCUAUCUCAUCCCCGUUGUCUGACGAACCAGUUAAGGGAAAGCCAUCCGCCGCUACAGCAGCUCCCGCAUGGUCCCUUAAGAGGAAGCCCGCCGAUGAUCUGCCAUUCAGCCUGAAAACCGCCCAACUGAAGAUUCUGAUUAUAGUUUGCAAUGAAACCCUUCAAAGUUUUGAAAGUAUUGAGCUUAUCAGCAUCACACAAGCCCCGCAUACCCCGUUUCAAUUCACAUGUUUUCCGUCACUUUUACUCAGCCCAACCUCAAGAAACCGACCACUCCUCGGCCUCCGCAGUCCCUUCUUCAUCUUCCUCAGAAGAAGACGAAUUUUGUUCUUCAGAUGUUUUCGAUAGCUCGGAUUAUGCACUGGAUUCGGAUGUAACGGAUAAUUUGGGGAGCAAUGUUGCCCCUCAACCCACUUGGGAUGAGAAGUACAGGAAUGAAGCAAGGAGGAGAUUGUUUUGGGAAGAUAUUCCCCAGGUGAGUACUUCAAGAGUUUUCCUGAAGGAAGAAGAGAAGAGGAGGAGAGCUGCUGCUCUUGCCAAGAACCUCCUUGAGGCUGUUAAUAGGCGGGUUGUGAAGGAAGGCGAGGCGCAGGAGGAUGGGGGGUUGGUGAAGGAGGAGGAUCAGAAAUCUCUGUCUGUUGGGAUUAUUGGGGCUCCUAAUGCUGGAAAAUCCUCUCUUACCAAUUCCAUUGUUGGGACCAAAGUUGCUGCAGUUUCUCGCAAGAUCAAUACUACGACACAUGAAGUGUUGGGAGUGAUGACCGAAGGAGACACACAAAUUUGUUUCUUUGAUACUCCAGGUCUGUUGCUAAAGAAAACUGGUUUCCCUUAUAAAGAUAUGAAAGUGCGUGUUCAGAGUGCAUGGCGUUCUGUUAGUCUUUACGAUGUACUCGUUGUCAUAUUUGAUGUUCAUAGACACCUUACCAAGCCUGAUCAGAGAGUAGUGAAAUUGAUUGAACGGAUGGGCUCUGAAGUUGGCCAAAAGCAAAAGCGUGUCUUGUGCAUGAACAAAGUUGAUUUGGUUAACAAAAAGAAAGAUUUAUUGAAGGUUACUGAGGAAUUCAAACAUCUUCCUGGAUAUGACGAGCAUUUUAUGAUAUCUGGGCUAAAGGGAUCAGGGGUGAAAUAUUUAACGCAAUACUUGAUGAAGCAGGCAAGUAUUUUCUUCUACUUUACUGCAAUUUAUCCACAUGAAAGCUCACGUGUAAAAUCAUUAUAGCCCAUUUCCAUCUGCGACCGUACACUGUUUGACAUCCCAACAGCUUCUGAACAUGGCAGUCAAAAAACCAUGGGAUGAAAUACCAUUUGUCAUGAGUGACGAAGUUAUGAAGAACAUAGCAAUGGAAAUUGUUAGAGAAAAGCUGUUAGAUAAUGUGCAUCAGGAAAUCCCUUACGGCAUUGAUCAUCGACUAGUUGACUGGAAGGAAUUACGAGACGGUUCUCUCAGAAUUGAGCAGCACUUAAUAACACCAAAGAUUAGCCAACGCAAGAUUCUUGUCGGAAAGAAGGGUUCCAAAAUUGGGAAGAUCGGGAUUGAUGCAAACGAAGAGUUGAGAUUGAUAUUCAGGAGGAAUGUUCACCUUGUCCUCAUGGUGAGAGUUAAACAAUGACCUCAAAGAUAAAAAAACAUGUGGCGAUUCACUUAUAUAUAUACUUAGAGAAAGCUGCUGCUUCUGCCAACAUGAUCAACUGAGCAUGGAGAGUUUAGGGUGGAAGGAAGAAGCAAAGAAACAUCCCACAUCUCUGUAUACUAUGCCCAUCCACUAAGCUCCUACCCACACAACAUGUAGAAGCUCUGGAGUUCUUUCAAUCUAUUUGAAGUGCUGCCUUUUUCUUCUUUUAUUUCUGGAAAUUUUGGAAAUUCAGAGGAAUGGAUCAAUCAAUGCAGGGUUAGCAUCUAAAUGAAGGAUGAACUCUGCUUCAUUCCUCUUUCGUCCAUUACUGAAGCAGUUCUUUCUUGUUUAUUCACUCUUAUAAAUAGUUAUUGACCAGUAAGAAAUAUUUUUGGUAAUGUUAAAUUGGCGGUUUGACUUUGCUUAUCUGGAUUUUGCACCAUUUAUUCAGCAUACCAAUACAAGAUUCCUCCAUUUCUUGGAUCUUGACUAUUUAUUCAAGGUGUAUAUUGUGGUGGAAAUGUGUGGACCGCCGUUGAUUUAAA